UCCCUUCAAGCUUGAAAGUUGUAGUAUGUAUUGAGAAGGUGAUUUAUAUUUUUAGUAACAUUGAAAUUAAAGAAUAGUUGUUUUGAGUGAUUUUCUCUUGUGCACUUUAACAAUAGAAUUAUGAAUGAUAUUUUGUGGCUACACUAACUGUUAUUUAAUUGCAAUUACUAUUGAUAGUGAAUAGUAAUUUAGUAUAACAACACGCUAAAUACCCAUCUUUAAAUUUCUAAACCAUCGAUAUCGACCAUGUCAGACAUUGAAAGCCAAGGGCUAAUUGACAUAUCGAAAUUUUAUCGUAAGAAUCCAGUUGUGGCUACCUGGCAACCUAGAAAAGUAAUGGCCCCCGAAGUGCAUCAUCUUCCAACUCUUAAAGUGUCAGAUGGUAUAGGAAGUCAAGUUCAUACCUUGGGUAGUGAAAAGGUCAUAUUAAAAAAAUGGAAGAAUGAUAGAAUGAUGCUUAGUGAAUAUGAAGAAAUGAGACAGAAGAAUAUUGCAGAAAAAUUGGCUAUGCUACAGUCUCUUCAAAUUAUAAAGGCCAAGGAGGGAUUACCAGAACUUCAAGGAAAGAGGAAAACUAAAAAGCUCAAACUCAAAGCAAAAAAAGAACCCGUUUCUGUACGACCUCCAAGUCAUCGUCUUCAAAUUUUAAAGUCAGACAGAUUAUCUGUUCCUGAUACUUAAGUAGGAAAUUCUGAAAGUACUGUUAUUUGUACACAACACUGACACAGAUAUAUUGUUUCCACCUCUCCAAGCUAUUUGGUCACCACUCAAUGAAGAAGCCUUUAUCAUUGUUCCUUGAAUUAUCUGUAUUAAAUUCAAGUGUGUGAUAUAAACGGAUAAAUUUUAUCAUGGGAAAGCAAUUUGGAAAUAUUUGUUAUAUUAAUUCCUUCCAUCCAAUAGAACCUAUUGCAGUUGGAGGAUUAUUAUGGAAAAGUUAAUCUCUUUAUGUAACAUUUAAAAGUUUUGACUAGUAUUUUUUUUUUACUUUUCUGAUAAAUAUGUUAAUAAUCACUAUCAAUUUCCUGUUGGUUCAUAAGAAACAAAAACUUGUCUCUUUUAGGAAUGUUUGAAGUUUAUAUGUACAAAAUAUGUAAUUUUAUUUUGACAAUAAGCACUUAGUAUUUUGUCAGGUUUUGUUUUAGACCCAAGUAAUAGAACUGUACUUUACGUUAUUUUUAAAUGUGAUUAAGGGAUAUAGGAGUCUUUGAAAAAGUAUGAAAAAAAAUGUAGAUUUUCUUUUCUGUUAAUAUUUUCAGUACUUAGGUAUAUUCUAAAAGAUUGAACAUUUGUAUUCUGUCAUGUUUGCAUUGCAUUCAAAGUCAUUUUUCAUUUUAGUUGUAUAAAAAUGAUCUUUAAACUAAACUUGUAAAAAUUGAAAAAUUACCUUUAAUAAAUGAUUAUUUGUCCCUCUCUGUUAGAACUAACUUUCAUAAAUUCUUUUGUGUAUCAUAGAUGCUGCUGUUAAAAACAGUUGUUCAUUUUUUUUUAUUUUUUUUUUUAUAAGUGUUUGUCCAACCACCUAAACUUUAGAAUGAGUUGCUAAUCAUAAGGCUGAAACUUGAAAUGGACUGCUCCUGCCUUGUUUUUUGAGUGAAUUGUGUCUGUAUUAAAAUAAAUCUACAUACAACAUUUAGCUUAUAUAUACAUAAGUGUGAACUAAAUGCUGUUAAUAAAAAAAAAAAAAUGUGAUUAAAGAUGUUUUUAUUUUCUUAUUUAAAAGCUAUUAGUUUUACAUUCGAGUGCACAGAUAGUGACAUACAACCUGUAGUGAUUGAAUAAGUUCUAAUUGCCAUAAAAUGUUUACCUUUAUGUUUUGGAUUGGCUAAAAGAAUUUUAGCUUUGCAAAGCAAAAUGUUAGGGAAAAAGGCAUAUUCCUUAAAAAUGUAUAAAAGUUGUAUUCGGCUGCAGGAUUUAUGUGUAUUGUAAUAAACUGUAAUUGUUUUACUGCUUCUUUGAUUAAAGGAGGAAUUGAUUGA